GAUAUUUAGUGAAUGUCCUUUUGAAAACGAUAAUAAAAAAUAUAUUUAUUAUUGUUCUGUAUUUAUAAACGUGUGCCAAACAAUUUUUUGCGAGAAGUGAAAGAUAUGUAAUCAUAACCUCAAACUCUGAAGUGCCAUUGUAAUAAUUUGUGUCAAAAGUGUAAAAGAUGUAAAAAAGUGAAUGGAAUAAUAAUGCGAUUAAACUAUUCAAUGUUACGUUAAGAGCUUAAACUACUACAAAAAUGAAUUACUUAUUAUAUAGAAACAUAACUUGUCCAGUUAUUAGAACUAGUAUUAACCAAUAUAUUACAUUACAAAAAUCAUUUAUUACCCAUGCAAAUCAAACCUUAAAAAGAACAUUUCCCAACUCGUCAUCAAUAUUAUUAUUCAAUCAACGAAACUUUUCAAUAUCUCCUAUCACUCGACAACAGCUUCGAGCUUAUGAUAUAAACACAAAUGUAACAAAAGAUAUAAUUUUAUACAAAUAUGAAAACCCAAGGUUUUUCACAUUGCUGAAUGGUUUUGCUAUUUGCCAAUUUGUGUUCUGGGUUUACUUAGGACACUUUGCUUACACUUGUUUACGAGAUGCUCCUUUGUCGGAACAAGCAGGAGAUGUUGCGUGGUGGAGAAAAAUUAAUUUGGGGGAGAAUAAAUAUAAAAACACUUUGGCUGCACUUUGUGUGAUAUUAGGAUAUGGUAUAUUAGGUGUAUCCUGGGUGUACACAUUAAGAUCUGUCCGAUAUUUGAUAUUGAAAAAAGGUGGAAAAUCCAUCAGCUUGGUCACUUAUAGUCCAGUCGGUAAAAGCAAGAUACUGACAGUGGAUUUAAAAAAUGUAUCUUGCAAUCAACCUAGAGAGCAUUCACUUGUACAAUUACCACUUAAAGUCAAAGAUAAAUAUUUCUAUUAUUUACUUGAUAUGAAAGGUGAAUUUAAAAAUGUUAGAUUAUUUGAUUACACUGCUGGAUUGAAACGCCUCCUGUAAUUGAAUGAAAUUGUAGUUAAAAAACUGUAAA